CUACAUGACAAAUAAAGCAUAGCGCAGCCUGCCAUUCCUCCGUCUGUCCAGCAGGGGGCUCUGUCGAUCAGAGGCCUCCAAGGCCUGGGCUCCGGACCUUAUAGGGAGCGAGGUGCGGUGGAGGGCAGCACACAGCGGUGAUCACCGACUCCCCAGCACUGCUCUCUCCGGACACUAAGAGGAUCGGUACCAGGCCGCUGCUCCCCCCGGGGCUCGGCUGCUCAGAAUGUGGCUGAACCCGGAGGAGGUGCUGCUGGCCAAUGCGCUAUGGGUCACCGAGCGAGCCAACCCGUUCUUCAUCCUGCAGAGGCGGCGGGGACACGGCAAAGGCGGAGGGCUGACAGGCCUGCUGGUAGGAACACUGGAUGUUGUACUGGACUCGAGCGCACGUGUGGCUCCAUACCGGAUCUUACACCAGACCCAGGAAUCUCAGAUCUACUGGACUGUGGCUUGUGGGUCAUCACGUAAAGAGAUCACUGGACACUGGGAAUGGCUGGAAAAUAAUCUACUUCAAACUCUUUCCAUCUUUGAAAAUGAAGAUGACAUAACAACCUUUGUCAAGGGGAAAAUUCACGGCAUCAUAGCUGAAGAGAAUAAGAGCCUGCUUCCCACGGAUGAAGAAGACCCAGGCAAGUUUAAGGAAGCAGAGCUUAAAAUGCGGAAGCAGUUUGGUAUGCCGGAGGUGGAGAAGCUGGUGAACUAUUACUCAUGCAGUUACUGGAAGGGACGUGUCCCCAGGCAAGGCUGGCUCUACCUAACUGUCAAUCAUCUCUGCUUCUACUCCUUUUUACUGGGGAAAGAAGUAACCUUGGUCAUCCAGUGGCUUGAUGUGACCCAGCUUGAGAAGAAUGCAACUCUGCUCUUUCCAGAAUGCAUCAAAGUCAGCACACGCGACAAUGAAUACUUUUUCUCUAUGUUCCUUAACAUCAGUGAGACCUUCAAGCUAAUGGAACAGCUAGCUAACAUUGCUAUGAGACAAUUGCUGGACAACGAAGGCUUCCUGGAGGACCGGAACCUACCCAAGCCUACAAGACCACUCAAAAACAUCUCUGCUCUGAAAAGAGACUUGGACGCCAGAGCAAAGAAUGAACAGUACCGGUUAACUUUCAGACUGCCAAGAGAUGAGCGGCUGGAUGGACACACGGACUGCACACUGUGGACACCGUUUGCCAAGAUGCACAUCCCUGGUCAGAUGUUUGUGUCCAAUAACUACAUCUGCUUUGCCAGUAAGGAAGAGGAAGCGUGCCAUUUAAUCAUACCACUCCGUGAGGUUACGAUUGUGGAGAGAGCUGACAGCUCCAGUGUGCUGCCAAGCCCUCUAUCCAUCAGCACCAAAGGGAAGAUGACGUUCCUGUUCGCCAAUCUGAAAGACAGAAACUUUCUGGUGCAGCGCAUCUCUGACUUCCUGCAGAAGACAUCACUGCAGAUAGCUGAUGGGGAGGACAGUGGAGAGCAGAGGACUGCUGCAAGCAAAGGAAGCAGAGGAAAUAACUCAUAUGAGGUGAAUAGCUGUCUGCUUUCUGGAAGUCCAGCUGAUAUUGGCACCAGUAUUCCUCAAAACUCUGGCUGUGAGGAUGCUCCCACUGCAUCCCAUGGACUUCUCAAACUCUUCCAGGGGGAACGUUCAGAAGAAGGACCAAAAUGGACAAAGGAGAAAAUGAAGGAGGAAUCUUGGAACAUUCACUUCUUUGAGUAUGGUCGAGGAAUGUGUAUGUAUCGAACAUCAAAGACCCGAGACUUGGUAUUAAAGGGCAUUCCAGAGAAUCUGCGAGGAGAACUUUGGCUCUUAUUUUCCGGAGCAUCAAAUGAAAUGGCAACUCAUCCUGGUUAUUAUGCUGACCUAGUGGAGAAGUCUACGGGAAAAUGCAACCUUGCGACAGAUGAGAUUGAGCGUGACCUCCACCGCUCCAUGCCUGAACACCCUGCAUUCCAGAACGAGCUGGGUAUAGCAGCUCUCCGCCGCGUGCUCACAGCAUACGCCUUCCGCAACCCCAACAUUGGAUACUGCCAGGCCAUGAAUAUAGUGACCUCAGUUCUGCUACUGUACUCUAAUGAGGAAGAAGCGUUCUGGUUGUUGGUGUCACUGUGUGAGCGAAUGCUGCCAGAUUAUUACAAUACACGGGUAGUUGGGGCCUUGGUGGACCAGGGAGUGUUUGAAGAGCUGACGCGGGAGUUCCUACCUCACUUGUCUGAGAGGAUGCAAGAGCUUGGAGUAAUCUCCACCAUUUCUCUCUCCUGGUUCCUCACGCUGUUCCUCAGUGUCAUGCCAUUUGAGAGUGCGGUAGUGGUGGUUGACUGUUUUUUCUACGAAGGCAUCAAGCUGAUUCUGCAGCUGUCAUUGGCUGUGCUAGAGGCAAACAUGGAUGCUCUGCUAAACUCCAGUGAUGAAGGGGAAGCAAUGACUAUACUUGGAAGAUAUCUUGACAAUGUGGUGAAUAAGCAAAGUGUGUCACCGCCAAUCCCUCACUUGCAUGCUCUACUCACCAGUGGUGAUGAGCCUUCAGUUGAAAUUGACAUUUUUGAUCUCAUCAAAGCAACUUAUGAGAAGUUCAGCAAUCUAAGAGCUGAUGACAUUGAGCAAAUGCGAUUCAAGCACAGAUUGAAAGUCAUACAAUCUUUGGAGGACUCUGCCAAGAGAAGUGUGGUAAGAUCCAUUUCUACUGACCUCGGCUUCUCCAUGGAAGAACUGGAAGAUCUGUAUGUCCUCUUCAAGGCUCAGCAUUUAAUGAGCUGUUACUGGGGUGGGAACCGUGCAUCCAGCAAUCGCCAUGACCCCAGCUUGCCUUACCUGGAGCAAUACCGCAUUGAUCUGGACCAGUUCCAGGAGUUGUUUUCUCAGCUCACUCCAUGGUCCUUUGGACCUCACGCCACCAUACUAGCAACACGGAUUUUCCGCUUGUUGGACAGCAACAAGGACUCGUUAAUAAACUUUAAGGAAUUUGUCACUGGACUAGGUGGAAUGUAUCAUGGCGACAUGACAGAUAAGCUGAAAUUUCUCUAUAAAUUACAUCUACCCCCUGCUCUGAGCUCAGAAGAAACAGAAUCCGCCCUAGAAGCCACUAAUUACUUCACUGAGGAUGUAGCUCCUGAAAUAUCUCCUUUUCUCUCCGAACUGGAUCUUAUUCUGCAGAGUGAGUUCCCAGAUGCAGAUGGGCAAGGCAAUGGGUCUACACCAGAAAAUGGGGACCCCCAAGAUAAAAAAGAGGAGAAAACAAACCAUGCUCCUGACUACAAGUAUUACUUGCGGAUGUGGGCCAGUGAGAAAGAGCAGAGGAAAGAGACUAUAAAGGACGUGCCUAAAAUGAAUCAGGAACAAUUUAUCGAGCUAUGCAAGACUUUCUACAACAUGUUCAGUGAGGAUCCAGUUGAACAAGAACUCUACCACGCAAUAGCGACAGUUGCCAGUCUCCUUCUACGUAUUGGCGAGGUGGGGAAAAAGUUCACCAAUCCUCCUCUGAGGAAUUCAGAGGAUACACAGGCAAAUGUCUCCAGGGAGCCCUCAAGCGAAGAGGAGGAGCCUAAUUCCAGCCUGGAGAACAGGCAGUCGAGGGCUACUGAACAGGAUCAAUCCACUGGCGCCAUCCCAGUUCCUGGCAACUCCCAGUCAGGGCAUAUGCAAGAAGACUUUCAGAAACUGACAAUUGAAAGUGAAAAUCAAGAAAGAAACAGCCCGCCCACUCAGCCCACCUCAGACGACGAAACCAAGGAUGACACCUCAGUCUCCUCCUACUCCAUGGUUAGCGCCAGUUCCCUUCAGUGUGAGGAUAUUGCAGACGACACAGUGUUAGUUGGGUGUGAAGCUGGCAACGCCACCCCCAAAUACGGCAGCACCAUCGAUGCCGAAUGGUCUAUCUCUUUCGAACAGAUUCUGGCUUCCGUGUUGACCGAACCAGCCUUGGUCAGCUACUUUGAGAAGAAAGUGGACAUUGUUCAGAAAAUGAAGCAGAAGAAAGUUGAAAGACAAAUCAGUUCCUCCAGCGAGUAUGAACUCUCUUCUGUCUCGGGAUGAAAUCUGCUUCUAAAUGAUUCAGAAGCUUGUGACUAAUUUAUGGGAUUGCUCCAUCCAGAAUGGAGCUCAGUUUUGGGUAGAUGUUGAGAAGUUGAAUUGCACAUGAUAUUGAGGCCUUAGUAGCAAACUAUCCAUAUCUGAAUCCUCACUCUCUUGGCCAAUAUGGGGGGGGUCUCGCUUUUCUUAUUGGAUGGUUCAAUUUAUGGGGUAAGCAGCAG